AUGAUGACCAGGUCGGGCUCGGCACGGCUCAGCGCAGGGGGCCAGCAGCCCCCUCAGACCGGGUCCAGCCCAUUCAGAGACGCCUUGACCAACGUCGGCGCACCUUCGCCCAGAUCGGUGCGGUGGGGAGACGCUGCGGCAACACAGGGGCCCUCCACUCCUGCCCCCUUGGCCGCCAGCGCGCUCGCACCACGACAACCUACCACGCCCUUUCAACAACACCUCCAGCAGCGGCAGCCGCAUCAACACCAGCAGCAACAGCAACAGCGCACCGUCAGCACACCGCAAACUCCGCACACUCCGCAGCGAGGCGCUGUACAGCACUCUACCACGCCGCAGCCGACAUCCACUGCCACCACACCGGCCAAGGUCGCAUCCACGCUCGCCCCCUCGUCCGGCUCGGUUGUCGCUUCGUCGUCCGUCUCGCUCUCGAGGCGUCUGAGGUGGAACGGCACCGCCCUCGCCAUCCUCUGGCUCCUACCUGCCGUGUCCAGCAAGCCGACAGAUGCCUACUGGGCCCUGCUCGACUCCGUAUACCACACCUUUGGCGGAUCGGUGGAUGAGAAGCUCGAUGCCGUGCUGGGCUGGAUCUCUUGGGCCACCUCGAUCGUACUGCUCUUCAACCUGAUCGAGGCCGCCGUCUUGCAGAAGCGCUCUGCCUCGCCCGCGCUAAUACUGGCCCAGAAACCAGCGCAAGGGCAGCAGCUACAGCCUGGUACCCCGUCGGCAGGUCCCGCGACGCCGCGCAACUUUGGCAUCGGCCUCGUCCAGUUCAACCAGGCCAAGGGCUCGCCCAAGACGCGCCCGUCGUCGAUCGGCGCCGCAUCGCCCCUCUCUGCCGGCCGCAUGCGCGCCCCAUCGGCGUCGACGUCGCCGCACAAGACCAUGGCACCCGGUACGCCGACGCAGGACUACUCGCGGUUCUCGCCCGCAGCAUCGGCGUUUGCGGGCGGCACCUCGGGCGUCGCGGGGAGCUUCGGUGCCUCGACGCCCUCGCCCUUUAACCGAUCUUCGCCGACGGCAGCGAUGCGCUCCUCGCCGGGUAUCGGUCAGAGCUCCCCGAUGGGCUUGCGUGCGUCGCCGUCGCCCGCGACGGCGCUGGGACCGUCGUCGAGCCCGCUGGCGGCGUACCGGGCGAGGAACGCGAGCGGCCGGACCAGCCUGGCACGCAGUGCGUCGAGCGCGUUUGCCGCCGACGAAGACGAUGGCGUCGACGACGACGACGACGCGCGAGAGGCCAUGGGCGACGACAGCUUCGAGGUCGAGCGGGCGCUCCGGUCGCUCAGCCAGGGCCUGGUGGGAAGCGGGCCCUGA